AUGCCACAAAACACCAACACAGCGCCGGCUGCUCACGCCGCACCAAACAUCCGCAAGCUCGUCUCCAUCCGCCGCAUCUCCCACACGUCCCGGAUCCCACGUACCCGCUUCGCGCGGGUCUCUGUCGACGGAUGGUCCGUGGUCGAGCGCACAAGCCGCGGCUACUCGGCCGGCCAGCUCGUCGUCUUCUUCGAGAUCGACAGCUUCAUCCCCGCGACGGACGACCGCAUCUGGGAGCUCCACCAGUACUUUGUCGAGGACGCGCUCGGCCGGAAGGGCCUCCGCGUCCGAUCGUGCAGCGCCUACGGCGUCAUGUCGCAGGGCAUGAUGUUCAGGGUCGAAGAUGUUCGCGAGGUCAGCGAGGAGCUCGAGAGGCUCGUUGCGAAACACGGACCGCAGGAGGGAACCAAGAUGGCGAUGGAGAUGAGCUUCGAGGACCUUCUCGGAGUGACAAAGUGGGAGCUCCCGGUCCAUGCCGCCGUCGAGGGUUCGCUCGGCCCUCCCCCUGACUUCUUCCCGAUGCCGGGCUACCUCAGGGCGCAGAACAAGCCCUCGCUGUUCGACAAGGACAAGAUGGCCAACAUGUACCACGUCACCGAGAAGCUCGACGGAGACACCAUGGUCGUCUACCACCUAUCCAAGGACUCGCCGUGGAAUCAUUCGUUGCCGACAACAGAGGGAGUGCAUUGGGUGGAGGAUGGCCGGAUCGGGGUCUGCAAUCGGCGCGCAGACAUCGCAGAGGACUCCCAAUCCAUUUUCUGGGAGGCCGCACACAAGCAGAACCUUCUGGACAAGAUUCAAAAGAUGGGCAUCAGGGACGUCGCCCUCUUGGGUGAGCUUUGCGGAAGCACCGUCCUGAAGAACACCAUGGACUUCCCCGAGGGCGAGCACGAGUUCUUCGCCUUCGACAUCUACGACAUCGGCAAGCAGAAAUCCCUUCCCUUUGAGGAGACGCAGGCCAUCUUCAAGCGGCUGGACAUCCCGCACGUGCCGGUGCUGGGGCGGGUGCGUAUGUGCGACUUUGCCCGGAACCUGAACGAGUUGCUGCGGAAGGCCGAGGGCACGGGUUGCAUGGGACAGAACCGGGAGGGUAUUGUCUUGACGUCGGUCAAGGACGGUAGCCAGACCAAGGUCAUAUCGAACUCAUGGCUGCUGGAGAAGGGGAUGUAA